UCAAACAACAUCAAAAUGCUGCAAGGAUCUGCUGUUAUCUACCUAGGGUUGUUGGCUUCCAUUGCAAUUGUUGAUGGUCAAGUAAACAAUAAUCUUGUGCCCAUAAUAACCGAACACUCUAUACAAUGUCCACCGUUCGACGAUCCCAACCAUAAUGUGAUGUUGCCAUAUCCCAACGACUGUCGCAAGUAUUACGUAUGCCAAAAAGGACGCGCCUUUGAGCACCAGUGUCCUCCGAAUUUGUUCUGGAGCCAGAUGACCUACCGCUGUGACUACAAGGAGUACUCCAACUGCAACUCGGACAAUCCAAGACCUAAUCAGGAUGCUGGGGUGAUAUUUAGUGCAUAUCCCGGAGACUGCAGUCGAUUCUACGAGACACGUAUCCUUCGCUGCGAGCAAAACCUCGAGUGGAGUUCAGUAUACCAGAGCUGCGUACCCCCACUGAAUGGGGAUUGUCAGAGGUAUCCUGUAGCCUUGCCACCCGUAUACCCCUUUACCCCAUUGCCUCCCUUGCCAACUACACCCACCGUGCUUCCCUAUGAUCCCAUGCCCACCGCUGCUACUCCACCGUCCAUAACUCCUACGGAGUCCAACCGACUGCCAAUUGAUGUCCAACCGUUGUGCAAUAUUAGUCCUCCCAAUUCAUACAUUCCUUAUCCGGGCGACUGCAACAAGUUCAUCCAUUGCGGACCAACAGCAACCAUUCUUACAUGUCCAGAUUCCCUGAAGUGGAAUCCUGGCCAACGUGCCUGCACCAUUUCCAGCGAUGGGUGCCAGUAAUAGGAAACCAGAGCUCUGAAACCAGAGUU